GUCCUUCCUUCCCUGAGCCGCAGCGUUAGCCGCCUGACAGAAAUCCAUCCCUGGAGAAAAAAAUCCAGAUUAACUCGAAAUCCUCCAAAAACCGAGCGGGUCUGUGGAGUUAUGAUGGGCGGAAGGACGAGUGCCAUAGCUGCGGGGGUGUGCGGGGCUCUGUUUGUCGGUUACUGUAUCUAUUUCGACAGGAAACGACGGAGUGACCCCAACUUCAAGAACAGGCUCCGAGAGCGGAGAAGAAAGCAGAAGGCUGCCAAAGAGAGGGCAGGCCUGGCAAAGCUUCCAGACCUGAAGGAUGCUGAAGCAGUGCAGAAGUUCUUCCUGGAGGAAAUACAGUUGGGGGAGGAGCUGCUGGCUCAGGGAGACUAUGAGAAAGGUGUGGAUCACCUGACCAACGCCAUUGCAGUGUGUGGUCAGCCUCAGCAGCUACUACAGGUGCUGCAGCAGACUCUGCCACCACCCGUCUUCCAGAUGCUGCUCACCAAACUGCCCAGCAUCAGCCAGCGUAUUGUGAGUGCACAGAGUCUGAGUGAGGAUGAUAUAGAAUAAGAGGACAGCCCAGAGGAAGCCGACCCCACUCCCUGCACCCUGUUUGUCACGUGGACCUUCUCCUUUCAUCAUGAUCUGCCAACACCUCAGUCUCCUGUCACAGAUCACCUCCCACCCAGGCGUCCUAAAGGGGUUUUUCUUUUUUUUUUCUUUUUUUUUAUUCCUAUAUUCAUUAAAGGUUUUUCUUUUUUAACUUAUAUUACCCGUUUUGGGGUAUUAGAAUAUCUUAAUCAUAAGGCCACAAAAAAACAGAAAAACACAGUCGAGCUUGUCCCCAUUCCUGUCUGUAGGUAUAUAAUAACUGACUGGGCUUCAGGGUGGUGCUGCACACAUUUGACAGCAUUACGUGUCAGAUUUACGAUGUCUGAUGUGUUUGUACCACCGUCUCCAUGAUGAUAUCAGUAGUAUAAACAGAAAUCCUCUGUAUGCUCGGAUGAGUAUUUAUUAUUUUGUUAUAUCUUGUCUUUCUUUUCAGUCUAGACUUGGAAACACUUUUAAAAGUGAAUGUUUUGUUCAGUUUAAAGAGGACAGCCCUCUUUAGCAAAAAUAAAAAAUAUGAACAAACCA